CGUCGUUGAACUUUGACGGUGUUGACGCCAUGUUGACCGACUGGUAGGAAAUAUAACCGUGUUGACGACGGUAGUUUUCAUUUUAGGGAAGAAUCCGUUUUCAUCUGUUUGUGAUUGGAAUCUAACCGUAAGAGAAAGAGGAGAUAAAGAAUAUAUAGCAUCGAACCAACAACAGGGGCUGAGUAGUGGACGAAGGAGAGACUCUGAAAGGUGAAAAAGACAAGGCGUUUUUGAAAAUUUGGAAUCCUCCCUAGAGAGAAGUUAAGGAAGCCGCUGGAAGGGCGCAGUUGUAUUCAUUUUAGCGUCAUUACUAGUCAGGGAACUGAUUUUCACUUUUAAAUUGUUUUUAUUGGUUUGAAAUAAUGGCUUGUGGAGCUACUUUAAAAAGGACUAUGGAUUUCGAUCCUUUGAUGAGCCCAGCGUCCCCUAAAAGGAGGAGAUGCGCCCCAAUGUCCCCAUCGGCUUCCGCCUCUUCCCCUCAGAAAUACCUGCGCAUGGAACCUUCACCAUUUGGAGAGGUGUCGUCCAGACUCACAACAGAGCAAAUCCUGAACAACAUCAAGCAGGAGUACAAGCGCAUGCAGAAGCGCAGGCACCUGGAGAACAGCUUUCAGCAGACCGACGGGAGCUGCUCCCUGGACUCGCACCCCCAUUCGUCCAUUUUGAGUGGGUCCUCCCUGCCAGGUACAUCCUCUGGGGCUUCAUCUCCAUCGAGGAAAGAGCAGCCGUUAUUCACCCUAAGACAAGUUGGGAUGAUCUGCGAACGUCUAUUAAAAGAACGUGAAGACAAAGUUCGGGAAGAGUACGAGGAGAUAUUGACUUCAAAAUUGGCAGAACAAUAUGAUGCCUUUGUGAAGUUCACACAUGAUCAGUUAAUGCGACGAUUUGGAGAGCAACCUGCUAGCUAUGUUUCCUGAGUGAGACCCGCUGUCUGCUGGGAUGCCAGUUUCCCCCUUCGAUUGCUGCGAGCUGUUGAGCCGAGUCUCUGCAAAUGCCCUUUCCAGAGACUUUGCCGAUGUAGUCGGACUUGUAGCAGUGCCAUAUUUCUCCUGUGGGAACAGGCUGUUUCUAGCUUCUGUCAGUGGUGACCACUUUUUUUUUUCUCUGCAGCAACUGGUAUUCGGAGUGCUCCCCACUGUCGAUACGUAUACGGACCUCUGCUACCUACCCAUUACUCUACCAGUGGCCUCCUAUGUUUCGAUUGCUGUAUUAAUAAUGAUUAGGCUUUCUCUGAUUCCUUUUAUAAAGACGUCAGGCGUUUCCGACUGCCAUCAUUUGAGUUUUUAAAAAAGAAAAUUAAAAAAAAAAAACAAUUUUUUCUUUUGUGUAUCAAAGCAAUGUAGAAUGCCAUGUAAUUUUUAUUUUAUUUUUGUCGCAAAUAAACAUAUCUUAGGCAUGGGAAGAAGGUGGUGUGCGUAAGGAAAGUUGAGCGUGUUCCCGAGUGAUCUUUUGUACUGGUCUCCCAAGAGCUUGGGUCUGUCUGGGCAUUUGUUGGAAUCACCUUUUUAUUAAGUGACUUUUUGUUUUUGUUUUCUUUCUCCCAGUUUUUUUUAUUUAUUUCAAGUCAAACUACUUUCUUCCUCUAGUUUUUGCUCAUAGAAAAAUUUUACUGCCCAUGUAGUGUAGUUGAGUUUUGGAUGGGGAAAACCAAUAAAACGUUUACAUCAAAA